AGAGUGAAGCCGUGCUGUUAGGCCAGAAGCCUGAGCCUAUCCACCGAGAGACCAGCCAUCCAGACGGUAGCAAGACUCCAGCAUCUGGCCCGUGUUCCUGGGGAUCGAGGAGGCAGCCCAGCUGACGACAAACAGUGGAGCACCCCCCGUCCGGGAUCCUUUGAGCCGUGGAGCAGUGCUUGCCAGCGCGCCUUUUUUCUGAGGAGAACUCAAGCGGAUCGGCCUGUCGGGCUUUAAAGAAUAAUGAAGCCCAUGUACCACAAGUUUGCGGAGGUAUGAGAAUCAGAGUCCUCUGGGUCACUGAGUAUUACAUCUGGAACUGCCUAUUCCCAGUCACAUACUACUCCCAAGGUUUCUGAGAACUGAAAAACAUCUAUUAAGGUUUGACGACUUUAAAAACAAAUCGGUUUAGAAAUGGACCUCAAUUUAAAGAAGACGGCUGUGCUUUUAUUGGUAUAUGCUGUUAUUGUAUGCAUUUCCUGGUAUUAUUUCUCCUGGAAAUCAAUAUUCCAUUAUAAAUACCAUGAGAAUAGCUCUUGCAGACAACUUCCCAUCAAAGUGCAAUCAGAUGCUGUCAUGUGGACUGCACGUCUUGAAGGACGCUUUGGAAAUAGAAUAGGGGAGUAUGCAGUACUUUAUGCCCUGGCAAAGCUUAACGGACACCAAGCAUACAUCUUACCAGAAAUGCAUAAUGAGCUAGGAAGGAUAUUUAAGAUAAAAUUGCCUGUUCUUCAUCAGGAAAUUGCUAAACAGAUUAAAUGGAGGGGAUAUGAGCUGAAUAAUUGGAUGUUACCAGAAUAUGCCAACAUCUCUGGACAAUACGUUAAAUUGAUAGGUGCUCCAUGUUCAUGGACCUUCUAUCAUCACAUAAGGGAGGAGAUUCUACAAGAAUUCACUUUUCAAGACCAUAUUAAGGAAGAGGCAAAUGUAUACCUUGCAAACCUGAAAGGAAAUAGAGAAAAUGUGACCUUUGUCGGAGUUCAUGUUCGCAGGGGGGACUACGUAGAAAUCAUGGCUAAUUCAUGGAAAGGUGUGGUAGCUGACAAAAACUAUAUGCAAAAAGCUAUGGACUAUUUCAGAAAGAAGUAUGAUAACCCCCUCUUUGUGGUGACCAGUAACGGGAUGGAUUGGUGUAAACAGAACAUUAAUACCUCUCUAGGAGAUGUACAUUUUGCUGGAUAUGGUGUGGAAGGUUCUCCUGCCCGUGAUUUUGCCCUCCUGGCGCAUUGUAACCACACCAUAAUGACCAUAGGGACAUUUGGAUAUUGGGCUGCAUACUUGGCUGGUGGUGAAACCAUCUAUCUUACAAACUAUACUUUGCCAGACUCUUUUCUCCUUACAAUUCUCAGAUAUGAAGCCUCAUUCCUUCCAGAAUGGAUUGGAAUUCCUGCCGACCUGUCUCCACAAAGACAUCCUUAAUUAUUUUUUUUGCAGAUGUAAAAUUUGUCAUAUUUGAUUUGUAAGUCAAAUUUUAGUCUCAUUGUGGGACAGACAAGAUGUAACAAUAUUUGUGUAAAAUAGACAUACUUAUGGUUAAUUAGCUGAAAUCUUACCAUUCACCCAUGAGAGCAAAAUAACCGACAAGGCCAAUUAUAUAAAUUUGCGGGUGUUGCUGUCUUUGUAUGUGUAAAUUAGGGAUGGGAGAAUGGUUCAGCCCGGGUAUAAGUUCGGGCCGAACAUUUGCAUGUUCGCCAUUUGCUGAACACCCAAAUUUGCAGGAUGUUCACCACAACGUUACACCCUGCAAUGCACUGAGCACUUCAUAGUGCAUUCCAUGCCCUGAUUGAGGUGCUUAGCCUUUAAAUGUCAUCCAUUGAAGCCAAGUGCAAAUCUUCCAUUAUGUUAAUGGAAAUACAGUAGGUUUCCUGGAGUACGAAAUUAUAUUUCACAUAAAUUGCAUUGCGCAAUGGCUAGAUGCCAUGGAUAAAUCCAAAACAUUUAACUCUCCCCCAAAAUAAUCACACAAACAUUGGUGAUCAGUGGUAUUUCAAUCCUCCCCCCCUUCCGAAAGAACCCUCCAAUCAUUUCUGGUCAGUGGCCUUCAAGAAAGGAUCACACAGUCCACCACAGGUGAUCAGGAGCACUUUAAACCCCUAAAACAAUCCCACAACCCUGAAAGGUGAUUGGUGGUCAGUGACACUUUAAAUCUCAUUUAACCACUUAAGCCCCAGACCAAUAUGUAGCUAAAGGACCAGGCC